CACGGUUAGGAAAAAAAAAAUCUGGGAACGCGAGGGGUUGGGCUGAGCCGCACUUGGGGAACGGCACGGACCUUCUGCUAGGACUCUGGUCCUCCUCCGUCUGCUCAGCCCGGUGGCUCCGCGCACCUACCACCAUGGAGCUUCGGUCUCAUCUCGGGGCCACUUGUUUGCUGAGCUUCAGUUUCCUGCUUCUCAUCACCUCUUCUGAUGGACAUAUUGGGCUUGGAAAGGGUUUUGGAGAUCACAUUCAUUGGAGGACACUAGAAGAUGGGAAGAAGGAAGCAGCUGCAAGUGGCUUGCCCCUAAUGGUGAUCAUCCAUAAGUCCUGGUGUGGAGCUUGCAAAGCUUUAAAGCCCAAAUUUGCAGAAUCUACAGAAAUUUCAGAACUUUCCCAUAAUUUCGUAAUGGUGAAUCUUGAGGAUGAAGAAGAGCCCAAGGAUGAAGAUUUCAGCCCUGAUGGGGGUUAUAUUCCACGAAUCCUUUUUCUGGAUCCCAGUGGCAAGGUGCAUCCUGAAAUCAUCAAUGAGAAUGGAAACCCCAGCUACAAGUAUUUCUACGUCAGUGCUGAACAAGUUGUUCAGGGGAUGAAGGAAGCUCAGGAAAGGCUGACUGGUGAUGCCUUCAGAGAGAAACAUCUUGAAGAUGAGUUGUAAGAUGAAUAUAUCCCUUCUUUCAUCAAAGUUAGUGUUCUGGAAGGAAAGCAACAGGGGAGGGAACAUUGAGAAAUCACUCAGAACAAUUAAACCAACCAGGAAACCUUGCUCCUGCCUACAUGGGAAGGAGCGCUGUCACUGUGGAAGACUUCUGCUAACAGAAACUGGUCUCCGUGCUUUGGAUCCAGCAGAGUGUGGCAGACUUCCUUUUCCCGCACCCUCUUAGAUGUCUGUUUGUCAUUGAAUGUAAAGGAUGACACUUUUGACACAAAACUUGAGCCAUUUGGAGGUUUAUUCCUCACACUUCAGUAUUUGAAUCUUUUUCCAUUUCCUCCAGCUUUAUUCACCUUGGCGGUGAAAGGAGACAAGUAGCAUCUUUUCUACAAUAGUAAAACUUCAGAAAUAGUUUAUCAUUUAAAACAACAAACCUAAAUGUAAAUCAGUAAUUUUACCCCACCAAGGAGACCAGCCUGUUUCUUCUCAUUUUUUCCUGGGAAUAAUCUUGGGCUUCUUCCUGAAUCCCCGAAACUUCCAUCCUCUUCUACUGCUUGGGCUUCCCUGUUUGCACGCAUGUGUGUGCAAGAAUGGCUGUGUGCUUGGACUCAGCCCCAGCUGGAAGCAUGCUUUUCCCUGUUACUGUUAUAGAAACAGAAACCUUCAAGCCCUCUGUGGAGCCAUUUUUGUCAAGUCGUCAACUGUAUUUUUGUACUGAGGUUAACAAAAAAAUUAAAAGACAUUAAUUGUUCCAUUAAACUUUAAUAAAACUUUGAAAGGAAA